AUGAAUCGCGUAAUAAAAGGAAGAAUAUCCACUCUCACAAUUAGAAGAAACCCGCAGAGCCCAGAGACAAUAUUUGGGGCAAUUAUGAACGAAGAGGAGUGCAUAAAGAUAAUAGACAUGUCCAGAGUUGGCGCACUUCCCAUGAUAAAGUGCAGACUAUCUGAUGCAGAAAGAGAUUCAAUUAGACCUGGCAGUAUAUAUGUAUAUGAAGAAGAGGAAAGUGGAAUAUCAAGAUGGACAGAUGGCAAGAUUUGGUCCACAUCAAAGAUAAAUGGAAGAUGUCUUCUAUACUACGAACUAAUGGAGAGCUCAUAUGAUUUGAGGCUAGAGGACCUCAGCUCUAUGCACGGGCUUGAAAACAUUCUCACACUGGGAAAAGAAAUAGUCAGUGUAAGAAAAGGUGAGAAAAGAAUACCAAAAAAGAAUGGGCUAAUAAAAAUGACGACCUCACUAGUAUAUCAAAACAAAACAUACCACAUGCUUUCUUAUUUCACAGAGAAAUUUAUUAAGGAGUACAAGCGUGCCCCCAUUUGGAACCAAGUUGUAACGUGGCAAAUACCAAGAAAUUUGGUGCUGCGUAUGAACUACAGAAGAAAAAGAAGCUAUGCUAGCAUAGACAAAAAAGACAGCCAGAUUCAACCUAUAAAGAUAAAGGAAAGAGAUGAAACCAGAGCAAGAUCACUUCCUGAAACCAGAACAUUUCAAAUGGAGGAUGUACUGGAGAUUUCCGAAGAGUUCCUUGACAACUGCUAUCUGAAGAAAAAUGAGUUCUUUUCCUUCUAA